UGGAUGAAAGCGUCAGCAGAAUCCCCUAAAUGUAAAAUGGGAACAGAUGAGCAACGUUAGCUUCCAGGUGAAUGUGAAUGUGAAGGUACAGGUGAUCUCCAGGUGACCUGCAUUAGCAUCAGGUGAAUGUGAAGGUACAGGUGAUCUCCAGGUGAGCUGCAUUAGCAUCAGGUGAAUGUGAAGGUACAGGUGAGCUACAUCAACGUGCACCGCCUCCCUGUUACUCAUUACGGGCGCAGAUUGCCCGAUCAAAGUUUGCGUCUCUUUAUGAGAUGUUGGCGUGAUGAGCAGAGCAUCGUUCCACUCCAGCCUCCGGACUUCAACAUGGGCGCCGCGUGGAGGAGCUCUCCCCUGCUGGGGCUUCUGCUGCUACUGACGGUGCAUGCUGCCCCCCAGGGCUACGGAGGGGAUGCAGAUAAAGGAGAACUACGGGACGACAUUCCAGAGAUCAACAGAGAUCUCGAUCACCUGUUCCAGGGAGACAUCGCCGGGGAUCCCCGGAGAAACGCCAUCCUGAACGACACGAUGCGCUGGACCUUCCCCAUCCCCUACAUCCUAACCGACUCCCUCGACCUGAACGCCAAGGGGGUGAUCCUGCAGGCCAUGGAGGCCUACCGCCUCAAGUCCUGCGUGGACUUCAAACCCUACGAAGGAGAAGCCUCAUACCUGUCCUUCACCAAGCUGUCCGGGUGCUGGUCCUUCGUGGGGGACCUGAAGGAGGGCCACGCCCAGGGCCAGAAUGUGUCCAUCGGGGCUGGCUGCGACACGCGCGCCGUCGUGGAGCACGAGCUGCUGCACGCGCUGGGCUUCUACCACGAGCAGUCCCGCGCCGACCGGGACAACUACGUCCACAUCGCGUGGGACCAGAUCCUGGAAGGGAAGGAGCACAACUUCAACAAGUACGAGGACGACUUCAUCACGGACCUGAACACGGCGUACGACUACGAGUCCAUCAUGCACUACCGGCCAUUCUCCUUCAACAAGGACCCCUUGGUGCCCACCAUCACCACCGCCAUCCCUGCCUUCAACGCCCUCAUCGGCCAGCGCCUCGACUUCAGCGCCACCGACCUCACCCGGCUCAACCGCAUGUACGACUGUGCCCAGAGCCUGACCCUACUGGACCAGUGCUCCUUUGAGCUCAUCAACAUCUGUGGGAUGAUCCAGAACCAGAAGGACCACGCAGACUGGAUCCAGACCCUCAGCACCCCCGGCCAGCCCGACCACACUCUGCUGGGCCGCUGCCGAGACGCGGGGUACUUCAUGGGCUUCGACGUGGCGGGGGGCCCGGCGGGGGCCAGCGCCCUGCUGGAGUCCCGGGUCCUGCACCCGCGCCGGGACCAGCAGUGCCUCCACUUCUUCUACCGGACCGGCCUCACGCCGGGGGACCGGCUGGUGGUCUGGGUCCGCACGGACGACGGCACCGGGGCGGUCCGCAGGGUCCGCAAGAUACACACCAUCACAGGUGAGGGGACGGGCCGCUGGCACCUGGCCCAUGUGACUCUGCGGCAGACGGAGAAGUUCCGCUACUUCUUCCAGGGCGUGCAGGGCUCCGCCUCCUCCACGGGCGCCAUCUCGCUCGAUGACAUCACGCUCAGCGAGACCGUCUGCCCGAGCGCCGUCUGGCAGGUCUCGAACUUCUCGCUCGUGGGCGUGGCCCCGGGCACGGCCCUCACCAGCCGCUGCUACUCCAGCCCCGAGGGCUACUCCUUCGGGCUCCGCCUCUACCCCCGGGGCUUUGACCCCUCCUACCGGGACCACCUGGCCCUGACCGUCCACCUGUGCUCCGGGCCGGACGACGCGGUGAUGGAGUGGCCGGCGCUGCACCGGCAGGUGACCGUCACGGUGCUGGACCAGGACGCCGACGCCACGCGCACCAUGUCCUCCAGCCGAAGCUUCACCACUGAUGCAGCGGGGCCCUGGGAGAGACCCACCGCGACCUCCUCGGCCACCUGGGACCCCAGCUGCAGCUGUUACCGCGGCAAAGACUUUGGCUGGCCCACCUUCAUGUCCCACGAUCAGCUUGGGAGGCGGAGCUUCCUGAAGAACGAUGACCUCAUCAUCACCGCCGACUUCAACGACCUGACCCACCUCCUCCGUACCGAGGAGAGGCCAGCAGCGCAUACUGAUGACGUCACAGACCCUGGUGACAUCACAGGGGCGGAGCCAGCCAGAGGGCAGGACGGGGGGCGGGCCCGGGAGCGGCGUGCGGCCAGCGGGGACCCCUGCUCCCCCAACCCCUGCCUCCACCAAGGGGUGUGUGUCAACACACACGGCGCCGCAAGCUGCAGGUGUGCAUCUGGUCGUGCCACUUUCUACACCGGCGAGACAUGUCACAUGAUGCGUUACCAUGGCGACGUACUGGGGGCUGUGAUCGGUGGCGUGGCGGGCAUCGUCGUUAUGACGACCUCCAUCCUGGCCGUGCUCAGGAGGCGUCGGCCCGGCGGUCACUGAGAGUGUCACGUUCUCCCAUCAUGCAACACGCCGGAGACAUGUUGUGACGUUAAGAGGCAUGUGUGAAUAUUUACGAGUUAUAUUAAUAUAACGGUGUAUUCGUUGGCUUAGCUCAGGAGGUAGAGCAGUUGUCUUGUAAUCUAAAGGUUCCUAGUUCGAUCCCCUGCUCCUCCUAGCUGAGUGUUGAUGUGUCCCUGAGAAAACACUCGCCUUGCAUGCUUGACUCAGUGUGUCAAUGUGUGUAUAAACCGAUGUAAGUCGCUUUGGAUAAAAGCGCCUGCUAAUUGUUAUUGUAAUAAUAUUUAUAAAACAAUGUUAUAAUGUUAACAUAACAAUGUUAUAAUAACGAUCUAAUUAUAUUAAUAUAACAAUGUAAGAAUAAUAAUAUAACGUAUAAUAAUAUUAAUAUAAUCAGUGUUGUCCAGCUUGCUGCCCCUCCUCCUUUAACCUCUGAGCCUUGAUACCCCAGCUUUAACCUCUGAGUCUUGAUACCCCAGCUUUAACCUCUGAUCCUUGAUACCCCAGCUUUAACCUCUGAGCCUUGAUACCCCAGCUUUAACCUCUGAUCCUUGAUACCCCAGCUUUAACCUCUGAGCCUUAAUACCCCAGCUUUAACCUCUGAGCCUUGAUACCCCAGCUUUAACCUCUGAGCCUUGAUACCCCAGCUUUAACCUCUGAUCCUUGAAACCCUAGCUUUAACCUCUGAUCCUUGAUACCCCAGCUUUAACCUCUGAUCCUUGAUACCCCAGCUUUAACCUCUGAGCCUUGAUACCCCAGCUUUAACCUCUGCUCUAAUUUCUGCCUUUGUAAACUAAACACAAGGCAGACACAUUCAGACAGAUUCCACUUUUUUGACAGCAGAGUUUGCUUUGGUAAAUUUGUCUUGAUUGUAAAUCUUUGAUCUACAGAAUAAAAUGAGAUGUCUCAGGGGAAUAAAUACAAUUUCUACUUUAA